AUGACCUCGCUUCCUUUCGGAAGACCACACGCCACUAAUUAUCACAGAAGCACGAGAAUGUCACAUGACUGGAAUGUGUAGCUCGCUUUAGUCAGCUGUGCUACUGUGUGAUGAUGGCGGAUCCGGAAGGAGAGUCACUGGAGUCAUGGCUAAACAAAGCCACCAAUCCUUCCAACAGACAGGAGGAGUGGGAGUACAUUAUCGGGUUCUGCGACCAAAUCAAUAAGGAACUUGAGGGCCCACAGAUCUCGGUCAGAUUAUUAGCGCAUAAAAUCCAGUCACCACAAGACUGGGAAUCAUUACAAGCACUGACUGUUUUAGAAGCUUGCAUGAAGAACUGUGGAAGAAGAUUUCAUAAUGAAGUUGGAAAAUUCAGAUUUUUAAAUGAACUCAUCAAAAUAGUUUCACCAAAGUAUUUAGGAGAGAGAGUAUCUGAACGAGUGAAGACUAAAGUAAUAGAGUUGCUUUACAGCUGGUCAGUUGCUUUACCAGAUGAGGCAAAGAUUAUAGAGGCCUAUCAAAUGCUAAAGAAGCAAGGCAUUGUAGCAGAAGACCCAGUGGUUCCUAUGGACAAGACUCUCGUUCCCUCGCCAAAGCCCAAGAAUCCAGUGUUUGACAAUGAGGAAAAGAGUAAGCGUCUUGCAGAACUUCUUAAAAGUAAAAAGCCGGAGGAUCUUCAAGAAGCCAACCGCAUUAUUAAGAACAUGGUCAAAGAGGAUGAGGUUCUACAGCAGAAAGUUUCCCAUCGUGCCAGCACCCUUGAGGAGGUGAACAACAGUGUGAAGCUCCUCAAUGAGAUGCUAAGUCAUUUCAAAAGAGAUGAGUCAACACAAGAAGACAAAGAACUUCUAAAGGAUCUGUAUAAUGACUGUGACAAACUUAGAACUGCUGUCUUCAGACUUGCCACUGAGACAGAUGAUGAUGACAGUGCCUUAGGUGAUAUUUUGCAUGCUAGUGAUGAUCUCUCACGUGUCAUCAACUCCUAUAAAAAGAUUGUUGAAGGACAGACCAUUAUGACUGACAUACCAGGAUCAACAGCUUCAGAACGCACCACUGACAGAACCUCUUCUGAAAUUUUGAUUGAUCUGGCUGAUUUGGACUCUGGGACCCCUUCACCCCUUAAACAUGUUUUGACUUCACCUCAGCACUCUGAUUCUCUACCAGCUGACCUCCUCACACUUACUCCUUUAGUUGGAGCUCAGCCUUCCUCUUCCAACACAUCCUCUGGUUCAUCAAGUUUCCAAACCAGUCCCCCACCAAGUCAGCUUCCCAGCAGUGUCUCUCUUCUAGAUGACGAACUUGGUUCAUCAGGCCUUACUAAUCUGGACUCAAACUCAAGCAAGUCAGCAGAAAAGAAUACAAAAGAAGCCCAAAGCAAUCAGUGGAUUUCUUCACAAACUUCCAAACCAGUGAUUGACCUACUCUGCAGCUCUGCUCCCUUAAAUCCUCUCAUCUCAACAGCGCCACCUGCCUCUGAAGCUACCUCAGUCUUUGAAAACUCCCUCCAGCAGAGCUGCAAAGAUUUUGCCAUGCUGGACCUGGACAAGACUGAUUGCAGCCAGUCCAGUUAUUCAAGCUCGGGUAGCAGAGAACUUAGAGCUGGAGAAGAGAACAUCCAUCCUGCAUUAACCACAUUCAGUUUGCCCGCUGGAAUAACACCAGUGCCUUCUGCUUUAACCUCUGCCAAACCUCAGAGCUUUGCGCCGGACAGCCCUCUCUUCAGAUCCCUCUCUCCUACAUUACCCACCAGUCAGUCACCCUCAGGCUCGGAUAUCUCCCUGACCAGUGUCUUUGUCCCACUGGAGGCCAUUAAACCAAGUAAGGAGUGUCCAGUGACAGCCUAUGAUAAGGAUGGUGUUCGUGUGUUGUUGCACUUUGCUACUGACCACCCGCCUGGUCGUCCUGAUGUUCUGGUGGUUGUGGUGUCCAUGCUGAACACAGCGCCACUGUUGGUGAGGAACGUAGUGCUUCAGGUUGCUGUGCCAAAGUCUAUGAAAGUGAAGCUGCAGCCCCCUUCUGGAACAGAAAUGGCCCCCUUUAACCCGUUCAUGCCCCCCAAUUCCAUUACUCAGAUCAUGCUGCUGGCUAACCCACUGAAGGAGAAAGUGAGAAUGAGGUACAAGCUGACAUUCAUCCUUGGAGAUCGACAGGUCACAGAGUCUGGAGAGAUAGACAAGUUCCCUCCAGUGGAACUAUGGGGUCAUUUGUAGCUGUGUAAGCAUUAAUACUCAUGAAGACAAAUGAAAAACUCAUUGUGUAAAUGCAUGGAUGAGCCAUCAGCAGUGUUGCAGAGAGAUUUAAUGUCCAGGAUGUUACCUUUGACACACUGGGUGUUAAACUUGUGAAUCCCAAUCUCUGAGUAAUCCCACAAAUGUCUUAAUGUAUUGGUCUUGGUCAUUAGGUACUGUUGUCAUUAGUAUAAAUAUGUUGUCUAUGAGCAUUUGAGUCAUAAUGGGUCAUUUUAUUGUUAGCCACAACUAAACUAUUCAACUCAUACCUCACCCUGAAAGCAGUGGAGGGUAAUGUGAUAACACUGGACAUGUUACAUCUUUUCUUUUAUCUAUUUUCCUUGAUGUGAUGCAUUAGUUGUGUUUUUGUGCUUUGUAAUUUUUGUUGAUGUUCUUCUUGAGUUUUACAUAUUUAUUUCAUUACUAUUCAGAUUUGUGGUGUUUGACAUGGCUGGCCUCACUGGUUUAAAUCCAAAUUUAAUGAUUUUACAUCAGAUAACAGUCCCACAAAGAAGUGUGUGAAAGAUGGUGCAAAGCAUACUUUGACUUCUGUGUUUUUGGAUGAAUGCAAAGUAUCGGUUUCACUUCAUUUCCUUUUUUUACAGAGCUUGAAGGAAUCACUUAUAGUGUUUUUUCUGAUGUAUAUAAUUGGAUAGGAAGUUGUUUUGAUGUUUUGGAAACUAUACAUUUUGGGGUUAUUAAAGAUGCCAUUAUUUAUAUUAUCAACUUUGACUGUUAAAACUGUUAAAAGUGUGUUAUUAUGGAAGGAAUGAAAGACUUUUUUUGUUUUGUUUUGUUUUACAGCAGUUGCCUCAGUAUUUUUAUUUUUUUUGCAUUACUGGAUGUGUGCAGCAGUGUAUUUUAGUGUGUGUGUGAAAGACAGAGAGAGAGAGAAAGAGAUAGGGAAAAUCAUAUUAAUAAAAUUGACUUUCUAAAUUAUUUCAAAGAGCUUCAUGAAUCUUCCAAUGAUGCUGUUGUUUUUAGAUUUUAAGUAAAAAAAAAUUGCAAUUCAACGCAAUGUAUACGGUUUUAAAGACAAAUAAAUAUAUUGUUUUGAACAAUUGUCUGAAUUUUA